AGCUAAAAUAUCAGCUCUUUGGGUGUAGAACCAUCUCUCCAAGAAUGUGUCUAAUGCUUCCCUUUCUUUCUUGGCACAGAUGCCUGGGCGGCUGCAGACAGCUUUGAAGGUUUUAGGCACCAGCCUGUUUGCUGUGCUGGUGUUGGGGGGCAUCCUUGCUGCUUAUGUGACUGGCUACCAGUUCAUCCACACGGACCAGCACCAUCUCUCUUUUGGACUAUAUGGAGCCAUCCUGGGCUUACAUUUGGUGACCCAGAGCUUAUUUGCCUUUCUGGAGCACAGAAGGAUGCGUGGGGGUGGUGGUCAGGGUCCAACAGGAACCUCAUCAGUAGCUCUGUGCAUUGCAGCUUAUCAGGAGGACCCGGAGUAUUUGCGAAAGUGCCUGCGGUCAGUUAGAAGACUCUCCUACCCUCAUCUGCGAGUGGUGAUGGUGGUGGAUGGAAAUUCAGAAGAUGACAGAUACAUGAUGGAGAUAUUCCGAGAGGUCAUGGGUUCAGAGGGUACAGGUUGCUACAUCUGGGAUACCAACUACCAUGAAAAGGAAGAAGGAGGUCAGGAAGGCGAGAAGGGGGUGCAGGAGCUGGUGAAGAACUUUCCCUACACUUGCAUUAUGCAGAAGUGGGGAGGAAAGAGAGAAGUGAUGUACACGGCCUUCCGAGCUCUUGGAGACUUUGUGGAUUACGUGCAGGUCUGUGAUUCUGACACCGUGCUGGACCCGGCCUGCACUGCCGAAAUGCUACGUGUCCUAGAAGAAGACCUAAACGUAGGUGGAGUUGGUGGAGACGUGCAGAUCCUGAAUAAAUAUGACUCCUGGAUCUCGUUCUUGAGCAGCGUGCGUUACUGGAUGGCUUUUAACGUGGAGCGAGCCUGCCAGUCAUACUUUGGCUGCGUACAGUGCAUCAGCGGCCCACUUGGAAUGUACCGCAACAGCCUUCUACAGUACUUUUUGGAAGACUGGUACCACCAGACCUUCCUGGGUCAGAAGUGCAGCUUUGGAGAUGACCGGCACCUCACAAACCGGGUCCUGAGCAUGGGAUACCAGACUAAAUACACUGCAAGAUCCCGGUGCCUUACAGAGACUCCCACAAAGUACCUGCGCUGGUUAAACCAGCAGACACGAUGGAGUAAGUCAUAUUUUCGUGAGUGGUUGUACAAUGCUCUCUGGUUCCACAAGCACCACCUCUGGAUGACAUAUGAAUCUGUGGUCACGGGCUUUUUUCCUUUCUUCUUGGUAGCCACGGUUGUGCAGCUAUUUUACCGUGGCCGUGUUUGGAACAUACUCCUUUUUUUGCUGACUGUUCAGCUCGUCGGCAUUGUGAAGGCUACUUAUGCCUGUUUCCUGCGAGGAAAUGCUGAAAUGAUCUUUAUGUCGCUUUAUUCGCUCCUCUACAUGACCAGUCUGCUCCCAGCCAAAAUGUUUGCUGUGCUGACCAUUAACAAGUCUGGAUGGGGCACAUCCGGGCGCCGGAGGUUGGUGGUGAAUUUCAUGGGCAUGGUGCCUGUGUCAGUCUGGUUUGGUGUACUAAUGGGUGGACUUGUAUACACGGCCUAUUGCCAAAGCCACGAUCCUUUUACAGAGACAGAGUUGCUAUUUCUGGUGACCGGUGCCAUCUUGUAUGCCUGUUACUGGGUGGCACUGCUGAGUUUAUACUUGGCUCUGGUAGCCCGUCGCUGUGGCAAAAAGCAAGAACUGUACAGUCUGGCACUAGCCGAGGUUUGAAUGCUAGAAAAUUGGUGCUGCAACUUGAAUUGGCACCACUGCAGCAGAGUAUUGGGGGGGAAAUGGCGGCAGUGAAGGUAGCAGGUAACAUGGAUUCAUGACACGCUGAAGGGGUUUUCUUCUAAUUAGGAAGGUAACCCAGGUAGUGAACAUUUUAAGUUUUAGCAUGCAACCGGGGGUAUUUCUCACCAGCGAGGUCUUAUACAUAUUCUAUAAGACUGUACUAUGCAAAUAUAUACCUCAGGCAGGUU